UGUCCCACAACAUUCUGUUCCCACGGUUCAGACAAGCCGGUCAAAGAAUGAGAACCGGAACAUUCGUUCAAACGGGACCUCUGUCCCUUGGGUCUUCGCCAUCGUCUUCUUCCGGCACAAGACGAGGAGCCUGAGUUCUGCAGACGGCCGCCUCCUCUCUCUCUUUCUCUUUUGUACUGAGGGAUCGUGUUGCGAGUUCUGGCCCUCCUUUCUUUGAGUGGGGUGUUAUGGUUGUGUCUCGGAAGAUGAGGGAAGCAGGUGACUCUGAUGGCUGCGUUCGAAAGGAACCUCAUUUCUUCAAAGUCAUCCUAGAGGGUUCCCGGGAGAAGCUGAUGAUCCCGCCUGCAUUUGCUCAUCACAUCGAAAAGGAGUCUUCACGUGCAAUAUUGGAGAGCCCAGUGGUAAAAAAUUGGCCUGUUGAAUUAGUUCAUGAUGGGAAUGGGUUAGUGUUUCGGAAUGGUUGGAAGGAGUUCUUUAAUCUUCACAGUUUGGAGGUAGGGGACUUUCUGGUAUUUAGGUAUGAUGGCAAUAUGCACUUUACUGUACGUGUAUUUGGUAAAAGCUGUUGCGAGUACAAUUAUGCUCUUAUUGAAGAGCAUACAGAUGCUAUUGGUCGUAUAAGGCAGCCAGUUCGUAUGCCAAGCCAGCAUCCUGCACGUGAUUAUUCUGAAGCGUGUGAAAAUGUUCAUCAUGUUGAAAAUUUGAACCUAUUCAGUGGCAAUGAUAUUGCACAUACCCAUAGAAAGAUUGUGAAGAAGCCUGAUGUUGGGGUAUCUAUGAAGACUAGACAACUAUUAUCAGAAAAUGAUUCUUUUAAAGUUGUUAUGAAACGGUGGGGAGGAAGAGUUCAAAGUAAUGUGUACGUUCCAGUAGGAUUUACUAAAAAAAUUGAAGAGCUAGCCCCUUCCUUCAAAGCUUCUCGAGGUAAAGUGAUGGAAAUUGACCUGUAUAAUGUAAGUGAUCCAAGUGCCGAAGCAUGCAAGGUUCACAUUAUUCCUAGAAAGAGCAAAGAAACGGCAGAUGCGUAUAAAAUCUGUGGUGGUUGGCUCAAGUUUUGCAAAAUAAACAAGCUGAAAUAUGGAGAUGUAUGUACCUUUGAACUUGAUAGGGAAAGAUCUCGGAUUAAUGUCUAUAUCAGUCGAUAUAGACCUAAAUAGCAUACUUCUUGCUGGUGCUGCCAAUGGACUGGA